GAAGUGUUACCCUGUGACACAGACCUGGAGAUGAAUCCCUUUGAUGGGCUGCCUUAUUCAUCUCGCUAUUACAAACUCCUGCAAGAAAGGAAGAGGCUGCCGGUGUGGGAAGCUAAGGACGUCUUCAUGGAAAGUUUAGCAGGCAGUCACUUCGUCAUCCUAUCUGGAGAAGCCGGUAUCGGCAAAAGCAGUCAGAUUCCCCAGUGGUGUGCGGAAUAUUGUCUUUCCUCCAAGUAUCAGCAUGGGGUUGUUGUGUGCACACAGACACACAAGCAGACGGCUGUUGGCCUUGCUCUUCGUGUGGCAGAUGAGAUGGAUGUCAACAUAGGGCAUGAAGUGGGCUACAUAAUUCCAUUUGAAAACUGUUGCAUCAAUGAAACUAUCCUGAGGUAUAGCACAGAUGAUAUGCUUCUGCAGGAGAUGAUGUCAGACCCUCUACUGGAACACUAUGCAGUUAUCAUCGUAGAUGAAACUCACAAAAGAACUGUUUCUACAGAUGUGCUACUGGGUCUUCUGAAAGACAUUGUGAGACAGAGACCAGAACUAAAGGUUGUAAUAAUAACCUCCCCUCACAUGUCCAAUAAGCUGCACGCCUAUUAUGGUGAUAUUCCUCUAAUACAAGUGGAGAGUGAAGAGCCCAUUGAGUGCCCAUUCGAGGUUGUUUACAGUUGCAUGCCUCAAGAAAACUAUUUCUUACCAGCACUUAGACUGUUGUUUAACAUACAUAGUACAAGAGAAAAGGGCGAUGUUGCAAUUUUUCUAUCCUGUAAAAAGGAAAUUGAUGAGGCCUACAAGAUUAUUGAACGAGAUAUUUCUAAACAGCAUCCGAUGCUGGGAGAACUAGUGCCAAUUCCUCUUUAUCCAGAGCAGACAAGGUCUUUUGACAGACCAAGUGACAUGUUGGAGCAGAACGGCAAACGAUACAAGAGGAGGGUGAUACUGACCACAAGUGUGGGAGAGUCCUUACUUUACAUCGAAAAUGUGAAGUUUGUCAUUGAUGUGGGCAUGGAGAGAAGGAAUGUUUACAAUCCAAGAAUCAGAGCUGAAUCUUUAGUAAUGCGACCCAUCAGCAAAAUUCAGGCAAAGAUGCGCACACAAAUCAUAGACACUUCUAGACUGGGCAAAUGUUUCCGCUUAUAUUCUGAGGAGUUUCUAAAGAAAGAGAUGCCUGACCUCUCGCCAGCUUGUGUGCUAGAAUCAAACCUCACUCGCAUGGUUUUAUUCCUAAAGAGAAUGGAUAUAGCAGAUAUGGGCCAAUGUGACUUCAUUGAGAGGCCAGCUCCUGAAGCCUUGAUGCAGGCAUUGGAAGACCUUGAUUACCUUGCAGCCUUGGAUGAUGACGGAAACCUGUCAGAGAUUGGAAUCAUUAUGUCAGAAUUUCCCCUGGAUCCCCAAAUGGCAAAAGCUCUUGUUGCAUCCUGUGAAUUUGACUGUGUACAUGAAAUGUUAACAAUAGCUGCCAUGGUGACAGCUCCUUGUUGUUUCUUGGAUCCACCUCCCAGUUCAGAGGAAGUUGCAUACACUUGUCGAAGGAAAUUCUUCCAUCCAGAGGGCGAUCACUUUACACUUAUAAAUAUUUACACUGCAUUUAAGCAAAGCAAAAUGAUCUCAUCAACUGAAUAUGAAAAAUGGUGCCAUGACAAUUUUUUAAAUUGUUCUGCUCUGAGAAUAGCAGAUGCCAUCCGGGCUGAUCUGUUGGACAUCAUGCAGCGCAUUGAGCUUCCCAUUUCAGAACCUGCUUUUGGCACGCGUAAGAAUUCAUUGAAUGUGAAAAGAGCUUUAUUGUCUGGCUAUUUCAUGCAGAUUGCUCGAGAUGUUGAUGGAUUAGGAAACUACGUCAUGCUAACACACAAACAUGUAACACAGUUGCACCCCUUUUCAAGUUACCAUUCCACAAGAUUAAAGCCAGAAUGGGUUUUGUUCCAUGAAUUUACAAUAUCAGAGAACAACUGCAUCAGGAUUAUCUCAGAGGUGUCACCUGAAAUGUUUGUACAGCUGGCUCCUCAGUACUACUUCAGUAACCUACCCCACAGUGAGAGUAAGGAGCUACUACAGGAAAUUAUUGAUCACUUAAAACUGUCAACAGAUGAAGUACACCACGUAACAAACAAAGAGAAUGAUAAACCAGAGAAAAACCUUAACCAUCCAAAUGAAGACAAAUGCACCAUUCAAUAAUGGGCUAAC